AUGACAAAGCCACAAGAUGGCAAAGAGACUUUACCAGUGUCCAACAACAACUUGGCCGACGUGCUGGGAGUCUUGCGUUAUGUUCACCAAGAGGUCAUUGUGGAACAUGUGGCAGGGAAUCCUGAGCGUGAGACAAGGAAGUAUGACAUCGAUGCCUUUGCCCACUAUCGGAUGAAGAUCCGAAAUCCAGACACCAUCCUCAAGGAUCCCAGCAAGAUGGCGAUUCCUGGCUUUGGAGGCUUCGGGGCAUUUGACUUUGGUGUGGCGACCUCGUUGGACCUCCUUGAACAACUUGUGUCGAGUGGUGACUUUGUCGGCAUCAGCAAGCAGGACUCACCACAGAUCAACUUCACACAUCCAUGGUACUGGUUUUCUGUUGAUGGGGACUGCCCAAAUUUGCCCUGGACAUGCGUCAAGCCCUACCCAGGCUGCCAAGAAAAGGCCCCGCCAACUAUGCCUCAGCCUUGUGAUCCAGACGGCUGCGCUGGCAAGAAGGAUCAGGAUGCUCGGAGCUGCACGGACAAGCCUCAAUUCACAGAUCCAACUGACACCGAAACGGCACGGAAAUGCUGCCUUCACUACAGUCAGCACCCUGACCAGGUGAUCAUUGGCGGCCUCUGCAACUCCUCGGUGAAGGAGCCCACCGGAGAGAUUGGGUGCGUCUAUCAGUACGAGGCCUUGACGUCCAAAGACUUCCUGCCGCUGGAUGAUCUCAAUGGCAUUAAUUCCAUGCCAUGCGGAGCUGAUGGAAAGAGGAAGUGCAGUGGCUGGAAAGAUUGGCGUGAUCAUUGUUAUGACCCCGAAGGGAAAUACAAGAAAAGGUUUCACUGCGAAGACUGCCAUGACUCGGGCGGGUGGAAUGUCACUACUCAGGUGACGGGCUAUUGUGUUGAGUAUGACUUGCAUCCAUAUUGCCAAGAGACACAGAACCUUUGCGAGGAUCCAAGAUGCAUGGCCUUGAAGCCUGAGGAGAAGGAGUAUGGCCUGCCCUUUUGGUCUGGCAAGUGCACUGUUUCUGGUAACCAGCUGCGGGCUGAAGCUGUGGCGAGCUACUUUUUGGGUGACCCGGUACGGAACUCGCACUGGUUAGUGGAUCCGGCCCGGCACUUGGUUGAGACAGGGCUGGGAAGCUGCGAAGUGAAUGGCACCGAUGGAUCUGAUGCAGAGCUCACUGCUCGAGGCUUCAUGCAGGUGAUGAACAAAUGCACCUGGUAG